AACGCAGCACCGGCAGUAGCGUCCAGUCCGUUAGCGGUUAGCUUAGCGGCUAAACAUGGAGCCUGAAACCGGAGUUUAACGGGGUUUUCCGCCAGUUUAACGGAGUCUAAGGCGGAUCAGUGUUCCGUUACUAACGGGCGGAGUUCCUCCCGCCUUGUGACACCGAACCGGAGCUUUUUUUUUUUUUUUUAUCUCAGAUAAACUGGAGGAGGCGUUCAGGGCCGUCCGUCAUCAGCCGGUUUGAGGAUGGAUUCAUCAGAGGAGAGUCAUGGUAAAGUUCAGAAACUGACAAGCCCUGAGGUUCAAGAUCCACAGAGUCCAGCAAAGAUAAAAGCGAAGACACAUGUCUGUGACCAGUGUGGGAAGGCUUUUACUAUUGCAGGCAACCUAAGGAUUCAUCAAUGCAUCCACACUGGAGAGAAACCAUACAGUUGCAGCCACUGUCCAAAGGCUUUCACCAGUGCCGGAAACCUCAGAAGACACUGUUUCACCCACACUGGAGAGAAACCAUUCAUUUGUGACCAGUGUGGUAAGGGCUUCACCACCACAGACCACCUGAGAAUACACCACCGAGUCCAUACGGGGGAGAAACCAUACAGCUGUGACCAGUGUGGGAAAGCAUUCACUGCAGCUAGCCACCUGAGAUUACAUCAACGCAUACACACUGGAGAGAAGCGGUACAGCUGUGAGCAGUGUGGAAAGACAUUUAUCAAUGCACAUCUCUUGAGGAUACACCAACGCAUUCACACUGGAGAGAAACCAUAUUCAUGUGAUCAAUGCGGGAAGGCUUUUACCAAUGUCGGCGAUUUCAAAAGACAUCAGCGUGUUCACACCGGAGAGAGACCGUAUGGGUGUAACCAGUGUGGAAAGGCCUUUACUGAUGCAAGCGAUCUCAGACGACAUCAGCGCAUCCACAAUCAGGAGAAACCAUACACCUGUAACCAGUGUGGGAAGGUUUUCACUCAAGUGGGUAGCCUCAGAAGACAUCAACGCAUCCACACUGGAGAGAAACCAUACAUGUGUGAUCAAUGCGGAAAGGCUUUCGCUAGAGUGUUUGAACUCAGAACACACCAGCGCAUUCACACUGGAGAGAAACCGUACACCUGCGACCAGUGUGGGAAGGCUUUCAGAUCUUCAUCGACUUUACGUGUUCACCACUUAAGUCACACCAGGGAAAUGGUUAUCCCGUGUGAGCUGUGCGGGAAGAUAUUUUGGUCAUACUCUAACUUGUGGAAUCAUAAGCGCACUCACAUGAGGGAUAAAUCCUACGAGUGUGAACUUUGUGAAGAGUCGUUCACCUCAAUGGCUCAGCGUGCAGAACAUGAAUGUGCCUGUGAAGGAGACGAACAGGCCAGCUGUGUAAAAAGUGAGAACAGUUUCCAAGAUUGUGUGUUCAAACAUAGCAAUAUUACAAGAGAAUAACCACCAAUGAACCCUGAUUAAUCAUGUUUUGUCAUUUAUGCAUCAUAGAGUUACUUGUGAGUGGGUUGGAUUGACCUUCUCAUCAGGACCAGGUGAAUUUUAGUUUCGUAUGUUAUGCGCACAGAAAAUAUCCUCUCAUUCACCAAAUGUCACAAACUCAUUUACCACAAGUGUCAUCACAUAAAAAGUUGCUUUCUCUUGCUGAUGUAAGUAAUGUUAUUUUCUGUAUUUCUGCUGGCUUAUCUUGUCUGUUCAAAGUAAAAACUCACCUGGAACAAGAAAACUUGGAGAGUUUGACUUACCAUGGAACCCCUGGGGGAGACAACUGACCGAUGUAAUAAAUGUUUAAAACACCUUUAUACACUUUUAGAUGGCAAUUUCUAAUCCGCCUGGCCUUCAUCAUAUCCUCUAUCUUACAUACAGUAUAAUCACCGUCAUUAAAACUUUGAGAAGGGGAACUCUGAUGUACAUUUCUAUGGUUCAUAUUGUCUUGUUGCUUCUUAACGUUGCUUAGUAUGAUCAACUUUGAUGAAGCUCAUAGAGGCCUGUGAUGUGUAUUUAACAAGGCUUUUGAUACGAGGAACACAAUAUUAAAUGUCUUUCGCUGGA